CUCCACAGAUAUUGAAGAAAGUUUCAAAAUUUAUUAAAAAAAAGUAUGAAUUCGAUUUUGUUUUCUUGUAGCUCUCUUCCCCAUGAUAUAAUCCUGAAGAUCGGCUCUUCUCUUCAGGUGAUUGAUCUUUGCUCACUCAGUAGCUGUUCUAGGUUUUGGAGAGAGCUAUGUGGUUCUGAUGUCUUAUGGGAACCUCUGUUCAGAAAAAGAUGGCCUUUAUUGUGCACAUUUGAUGCAGACAGUACUCUGUUUCCUCAUCCCCAAAACGCUGGAACUACUGAUGAAGAUUCCCAGGAAUGGAGAAGAUUCUAUGUGGUGCAGCAUAAGGAAAUGGCGUCUAGAGCUUCCGAGGUGAUUACUUAUGUGACUAAAUGGCCUGCUACGUUGUCUCUAGAGGCCGGAGAAUAUCUGCGCGCGGUCGAAACAAUGAGCUCGAUGAGGUUAGGAUUUCAAGAUGUGGAGUUAUUUCUCUUCAAACCAAACUUGAGUGUGCUGUUAAACCUCAUUGGACUCAUCUACUGCAUAAAACACCUGAACCCGCUGCCGGAGCAAAUCUUGGAUGCUCUAAGGCAAUAUGGAAUCUCAGAGCAGCUAGUUUGGGUGAAAUGGUCGACGCUAGGUAGAUGGUCAGGUGGGAGACGAAUGAGAGACGAAAUAGUAUCACGACAGGUCUCUCUAGUCGAUGUCGUAACAGGGAAAGAAGAAACAGUUCUACGAGUGCUUCAACGAGGAGUUGUUCACGAAGUUCUACGAGUUUGUAUCUCAACCAUUGAUCUUGCUUGCACCCCUUGCACCAGCAGCACCAUCAGAAACUACUAACUUGUUUCCAAUCUUCUCUACAAUUACAGAUUUGUUACAAGUUGAAGUCAGUGUGAUAUAAAGAUAAACAAAACAUAUGUAACUACGAUUGAAACUUUUAAAGUAAAUCACUGUAUAAUAAGAGGAUAUUAACAUUUUUAAUCCUAAUUAAAAUUUUAACUUUUUCA